AUGGUCCUUGAAGCGACCAUGUUGGUUCUCGACAACUCUGAAUGGAUGCGGAAUGGAGACUAUACGCCGACACGCUGGGAGGCGCAGGCGGAUGCUGUCAGCAUGAUCUUUGACGCCAAGACCAAUUCGAACCCAGAGAGCGAGGUCGGCCUCAUGACCAUGGCAGGCAAGAGUCCUGAAGUGCUCGUCACACUCACACAGGACAUCGGUAAGAUCCUCGCAGCACUCCAUCGAAGCAAGAUCGUCGGCAACUCCGACCUGACUACGGGUAUCAACGUUGCCUCGCUUGCGCUCAAGCACCGACAAAACAAGAAUCAGAGGCAAAGAGUUGUGGUCUUUGUCGGAUCACCUGUGGAACAGACAGAAGAAGACCUGGUCAAGCUCGGGAAGAAACUCAAGAAAAACAACAUUGCUGUCGACAUUAUCAGCUUUGGCGAGGACGUCGAGAACGAGGAGAAACUUUCAAAGUUUAUCGAGGCAGUCAACAGCGGUGACAACAGUCACCUCUUGAGCAUUCCGGCAGGACCUCAGCUUCUUUCCGAUAUCAUCCUGUCUUCACCGGUGUUGCAGGAAGAGGGCGGCGACUCGGGUGCCGGCCCAUCCGGCAGUGGCGGUGGAGGCAACAACUUCGAGUUCGGCGUCGAUCCGAGCAUGGACCCCGAGUUGGCCAUGGCUCUCCGACUCUCGCUCGAAGAGGAGCAGGCCCGACAAAGGGCUGCCGAAGGUUCUUCCGGAUCACAGGUACCGUCGCUGCCCACCGUCUCGGAAGGAGCCGAGAACAUUACAGCAGCAACAGGCUCGGCUGGACCUGCAGCUGGCUUGGCCGGCAGCGGCUCAAUGGUGCCAAAAGGCGCCGAAUCUAUCACAGGCGAGGGUCACAAUGCCGACGACGAGUCGGAAGAGGCCAUGUUGCAGAAAGCUAUUGCCCUUUCGCAGGCUGGUGAAGCUAAGACGAAUGACGAGGAUGUAGACAUGACGUCAGCAGAGCCUUCGGGAGGAAGGAGGGCGGUCGUGGCUGGACAGGUCGAGGGCGAAGAAGAUGAAGAGAUGGAUGAGGACGAGGCAAUUGCGAGGGCUAUUCAGAUGAGCCUGCAGGAAGGUGAUGGCCAAGAUGAGAGCAAGUAA